GUAGUGGGAUGCGUCUGUAGUCCCAGCUGCUCAAAAGAAUAUGGUGGGAGGAUCCCUUGAGCCCUUGCAGUGAGCUGUGAUUAUGCCACUGGGCGAAAGAGGUCUCAAAAGUUCAACCCAAGUUAGAAAAUCAGUUUAAAUGUGUAAUACACCAAAGAAAUAACUGCUUGUUCUGUCAUAUUUAAAUAUUCAUAGUCUAGAAUGCUAAGUUUAGUGUUCCAAUCCAUUAUUCUGUAAAUGGAGGCUCAAAGAGGCCACUUGGUUAGGUUUCCUGGGGCUUUGCCCAUUCUCCCCUAGUUAUGCUCUCAGAUGUGACCCUUGUAUAUUCUUAAUUCAUGCUCUGCCAUAAGAUGGAUUCAAACUUUGUGCCUCCACCUCUAAUGUUUUGUUUUACGAAUUACUCCUUUUAUCAGCUUUAUAUUCAAGCCAGUAUAUUUACUGACUACAGUGUUUUGAGUUAAAUUCUUUCAUAAAUAAUUGAAUAGCCGGAGAAAUUUUGCAGUAUCGCAGUCAUGUUUUGAAAAGAUUGCUCUUGGUUCUUGUCUCUAAUCUUUGAGAAAGCACACAGGAUAUAGUGUGUUGGCUUUCAGAUCACUAAUAAGACCAGAUUUCUGUGGCCCCGUUUGUCGGUUUAAGGGAUCCUGUAGGGCCCACACGAGAUAUUUCACCAGCUGUACUAUCUUUAAAUUCCAACAUACACGGGUGGUCGUGCCCUGGAUAAAACUCAGGAAGCAAAAACAACCUUCGGGAGAGGUGAGGUAGGAAGUCAUAGCAUUGCCGACGGUCCAGAGCAAAUCGCUCCCGGUCUAGACCCCGCCCGUACCACAGCCUGGACAGGUUGAGGUUUCAACCCCUCUCUGGCAAACUCGGGCGCAGCCAGGCCCCGCCCAGAGAUUUCCGGGGCACGCCCCGGAAGUGCUGAGAGGGACUUCCUGCGGCGAGGCCUCGGAGCUGGCUGCUGCGCACAGGCAGAGAAAGGCUGAAGUGUUCUUGAAGACUCUUCAAUUACAGGAAAAGACGCUUGACUGCAUCUUUAGAGGAGUUGGUUUCGCUGGUUCCAAGGAUUCUGUUAAUGAGAAAACUCCACAGGCCAGCAUUCUGUAAGCUGGCUCCAGCAGUCCAGUUGACAGUGGCUGAGGCCAGUUCCUGAUCAUCCUAUCUGAGGAACACCAGCUCUUGGAUACAGUCAGGAAGUAGGCAAGAAAUGCCAGCUCUGGAAGCAGAGGGAGAAUAAGAUAUUCUCUAGUGCCAUCCAGGAAUAUGCCACUGAGGUGUCAAUGACAGACUCUUCCCUCUACAGAAGAGUUGUGCUAAACUUGGCGUUUUGUGGUCUUCUGGGGAUUCUGGAAGUGCCUGACCUCGGAAAAUUUAUUUGCUUCUCAGUUUUUAUAUAUAUGCGAGAAGGACUUGAAUGUCUGCCCUGUAGGAUUAAAUGAGAUAAAAAGCAUAAAAUGCCUUCUUGGAGUAAGCGAUCCUUUCUUCACACGGUCCAUUCUGGCCAGCUCACAAACCACUGAGAGGGAAGCCUCCAGGAUCCUAGAGUAGAUGACCAGAUGCCCAGGCGCACAAUCUGUGGAAGUGAAAGUCAAGCUUUCUAGGGCAACAGCUGUCCUCAGUCGCUUGGUCAGAUAGUCUAAUCGCAGUUUUUCAGGUGAGUUCCCUCUUGACUUUCUUCUAGGGUUUUGCUUAUGCCCUGGGGUGGACACCCUCGGAGGAUGGGAGAAACUAUGUACUGUGCCAGGUCGCCUCAGGCCUGCCUUUUCCCUCCAUCCUUCCCCACCCCUCCCCUCUUCCACCCACUUUCUCACACUCCUCCUCUUUUCUCUUUCCUCCCUUUUCCUCCCUCUCCAUCAUCCUCCCUCUUAUAUUUCUUUCCCUUCACUACCCCAUCUCCUGCCUGGCCCUUCUGCACUGGCAGAGUAGACCCUCAGAAACCCUGGGAGAGAGGAUGGCUGGGGCAGGCUGAUGUCUUGAGUCCUGUCCUUGGCUGUCUCUGAGGCUCUUAAAACUCCUAAUUAGAGGAGUGACUCCGACUUGCUUUUCUGACAGGGCUAAAUUUGCGAGAGUGGGGUGCAGGUAUGGAGACCUUAUUUUCUGUUGGUCUGGAUCCUCAGUUCUGCUUUGUGUUGGUUUUUGUUGGUAAUGUUGUUGUUUGUUUGUUUUGUAGAAUAUCAUUCAAUUGGGAUUUAACUGUUUUUGUCAUUAUUAUACUGAGGUUAUACAUUCUGGGGAGGAAGGCCACAAAGUUGAAGUGCCAUUCUCAUCAUAUCAAGGGUGCAUACUGUUAACUUAUAACUGUCGAGACAUAAAACAAUUUGUAAGGUGGAAGAAAGCAGAGAGGGGUAAUUAGUGUAAUUUGAGUUGGAAGCAAAAAUUUUAUCAAGUUUGGACACAAAACUAGGUUUGUUCCCAAGAAAGUAGCAGCCAUCCAUUUUCUUUGGAGAGGUGAAGGGUUUAUUCUGUCACAAUUCCAGCAGAGACAAAGCAUCCCUGUUGCUGAGAUACUGUUUAUCAUAGCAACAACAGCUGCAGAAUUAGUAGUGGCAUAGCAAUGAACAGAGCUUUUUUCGUCCCCAUGUCUCUCUUCCAUCUCAAGUAGUAUGGACUCCUGUGGGUGGUAAAACAUACCUGUUAAUGGUGUUAUUGUCAUUUUUCCAAACUUCUUAUCAGUUGAAUUUGUUUCUAUUGCCAUUUCUAUUCCCAUACUCCUUCAUCUGCUCUAUCUGCAAAUCUCUUGAGUUUCUGUCUUGUUUUCCAAUUUAAUUAAAUAUGAUUCGCCUUUAAAAGUAGGAACUAUAUAUUAUUUUUAUAUUUAUUUAUAUUCCAGAUUGUAUGUGUAUGUUUUAGAUGCCUUUAUAGAGGAUAUUUUAUUUAUGCAUAUAUAUUUUUUGAGACAGGGUAUUGCUCUGUUGCCCAGGUUGGAGUGUAGUGGCGUGAUCACAGCACACUGCAGCCUCAAUCUCCCAGACUCAAGUGAUCCUUCUGCCUUUGCUUCCCAAGUAGCUGAGAUGAUAGGCGUGUGCCAUGAAGAUAUAUUUAAAUAGCCGUUUGAGUCAGAUAUUCAUUCCAGCAGUUCUUUGAUGUUACUGAGACAUGAUACAGGCUGAAUGAAAACAUUUUAUGUGAGUGCCAUAUGAUUGGCGUGUCCUGGGAUUACUGAACGUGUUUGAGAGCUCUAGUCUAUAUCAUAUUAUAUUGCUUUAGCAACAGGAAUAAAGCACAUUUCAAAGGUCUCUUUAUUAUUUUAGGAUUCAAGGCCAGAGGUGUGAACAAGGUGUCAACUCUGAAGGGCUGAAGGGAAGGUUUUUCUAAGGAUGGACCCACACCAGAAGGUCCCUAGCAUAUAUAAUGGGGAUACUUUACAGACUCCUGAGUAUGAAAAAGUCUCUCAGUAUGAGGACCAGUUAGAAAGGCAUGAGGGUAGGCGCAUGGAAGAAAGACGGUAUAAAUGCAAUGAUUGUGGAAAGAAGUUUGCCCAGAGCUCAGGCCUUGUUCGACAUCACAGAAUCCACACUGGAGAGAAACCCUAUGAGUGUGAUCACUGUGGAAAAGCCUUUAGCGUGCGCUCAACCCUUACUGUGCAUGAAAGAAUCCACACUGGUGAGAAACCUUAUACUUGUAAUGAGUGUAAGAAAGCCUUCAGUGUAAGGGCACACCUGAUUAUACAUCAGAGAAUCCACAAUGGAGAGAAACCCUAUGAAUGUAAUGAGUGUGGCAAAGCAUUUAGUGUGAGCUCAGACCUUAUCAAACACCAGAGAAUCCAUACUGGUGAGAAACCUUAUGAGUGUGAUGAGUGUGGAAAAGCUUUCAGUGUGAGCUCAGCCCUCAUCAAGCAUCAGAGAAUCCAUACAGGAGAAAAGCCGUAUGAGUGUAAGGAAUGUGGGAAGGCCUUCUAUGUGAACUCAGCACUUAUUAAUCACCAGAGGAUUCACUCUGGAGAAAAGCCCUAUGAGUGUGGAGAGUGUGGAAAAGCGUUCAGCCAGAUCUCAACCCUUAUUCAUCACCAGAGAAUCCAUACUGGAGAGAAACCAUAUGAGUGUGAAGAGUGUGGGAAAGCUUUCCGUGGGAGUUCUAAUCUUACUAAACACCAGAAAAUACAUGCCAAAGGAAAGUGUCAUCAGUGAUUUAUGUGGCAAAUAUAUUCCAAAGGGUUUUUGUUACAUCAGAAGAUACCAUCGAAAGAAGAGUAUGGUUAAAGUUAAUCCCUUAAUUGACACUUCAUCCUUGAAAUACUGAAGUGAGAAAUCACUGAAAAGUAACUCCAUCAGCAUUGUUUCUAAGGCUCUAAAAUCACAUCUACUUCUGAGAAUGUAAUUUUGCAACUCAUAAGCAGGAUCUUGCUGUAUCAUCCAGGCUGGAGUACAGUAGUGUGAUCCCACCUCACUGCCGCUUCAGCUUCCUGGGCUCAAGUGAUCCUCCCAUCUCAGCCUCCCAAAUAGCUGGUUCUACAGAAUGGAAGUUUACAGACAGUCAUCUGGGUGGAGGACACCCUUUUGGAAUCAGCACUGAAUGUGAUGCCAUAUCCCACUCCAAACCAGCACAACUAUAAAUAUUAAGCAAUGGUGACUCCUGGCCUUAAACAGGAGUCUGUUUCAAAGCAAGACUUUUCCAGAGGAAGUCCAACACAGAGUGAUGCCCAGGGGACUAAAUAGAAACAUUUAUUAGGGACCCAACACUGAAGAAGUUCAUGGGCUUCUGAAUAGUUUUCCCAAGUGAGGGGAGAUCCCCUUUGAAGAAGCACAACAGACAUUGCCUAAAGCUAAGGAGAGUAUCACUGAUAAAGGAACCUGAGACACCUGGGAGAAUUUGCUCUGAAAUUCAGUCCUGCCAAUGCUCUGAGAGUGGGAAACCCUCCUUUCAGUUUGCGCAUGAUUUUCAACCUCAGCAACUGUAAUAAAACAAGCAGGCUCUCAAUGUAAAGUUAGUGGGAAAGUCAUUUUUCUGAAAAUAUCCCUCCCUAUUUAAAAAAGCCUUAAUACACCAGCAGCCCUGACUUGAACACCAGCAUGUCCAAACUGGAGGAAAGCCCUAUGUUUAUCUUCAACAUGGAAAGACCUUCAGUGUAAACCCAAGUUCCAUGAAACAACAGAGAAGCCAUCCUGGAGAGGGCUUGCAUGAGAGUAAAGAAUGUGGCAAAAUCUUAAGACACUGGAUCUUGUCAGUGUCUUGUCAGACAUCAGAGAGCUCUUAUGGAUAUCUUCAGUGUGGAAGGCCUUCUGUGUGAGCUCAGUAUUAUUGAACAUAAGUAAAUUCAUUUUGGACAAGAGCCUUAUCUAUAUUCGUGGGUGUAGCAAAGCCUCAAAGUGCUGUGACAGCCUUAUUAAACAUCAGAGAAUCUGCACUGCAGAAAAACCCUAUUGGUCUGAAGAAGAUAGUAAAAGGUUCAUUGUGGUUCAGCUCUGGUCACCCACCAGAGAAUCCACACUGGAGAGCAGCACCGUUAUGAAUGUAGUGUAUGAGGGAAGGCCUUUAUUUGGAAGCUAGCACUUUUCAAUCAUCAGAAUGCCCAUGCUGAAGUGAAAAUUUAUAAAUGUAAAAAUGUAAAAAAGCUCAAUCGUAUACAUCAGAAAAUCCACACUGGAACAAAACUGUAUGCAUAUGACCAUAGGGAAGCUAACAGUGUUAGCUCAUUGCUUAAAGGGCAUCAAGAUUCCCAUAGAGGGAAAAGCUCUUUGUAAAUUAUGUGGGAAAACCUUCAGUCAAAGUUCAGAUCUUAUCCAGCAUCAGAGUCCACACUAGAUGGAAGCUUUGUGACUUGGACAAAUGUAAGAAAACAUUUUGAUGAACUCAUCCUUUACUAAGCAACAAAGGAUACACAACAAAAAUGGACCUCAAUAAUCAAAUAUGUGGUAGAGAGAUAGUAAUUUUUCAACAUCAUCUGUCAUGAUUAAGGAAAAGACCAUUAAAUAGAAGUGGUGACAGUAAAAAAAAAAAGACCAAAUGCAUAUUAUCACUUUGACAUUAUUUUAUGGAAUUAAAGACAAUUGUUAUUAGAAGAAGAUUGGCAUGUCACUUCAUGGGCAGAGUUGAAGAAUUAAUCUGUGACCAGUCUCUAUGGAUAUUUAACUGUCUUUGAUACUAUUAACUUUUUAUUUUCUGUAGUAGAGGUAGAGAGUAGAGGGUAAGUCUUUAUAACUAAUCAUGUAACUAUAACCUGGAUAAUCCAAACAUUAUUGACUAUAUUGUUGUUUGUUUGGAAUUCAUAAUGCUCACUAAAAUUUUUCUAAGAAUGAUUUUGACAUUUAUUCCUGGGACCCAAUAAGUGUAUCACUUCUUCCAGACUUACUCCCUUUUAUUUUUUAUGAUGUUAGUCUCAGAAAUGCUGCAAAUAAAGAUGUGUGUUUUGGCAAAUCAUUUCCCAAAAUUUCCUAUUCCUUUGUUUAAAAAAAAGGCGUAGAAAUGUGCAUAGACUGUGUGAACCUGCAGUAUGAUGAACAACAGACCUUACUGCCUUGUUCAUCUUUGUGUCUCUAAUAUACAGAAUAAUGACUGAUACAGAAAAGGCCCUCAAAACAUGCUUGUUGAAUGACUACUCCAAGGGUUCUGUUUAUGGGUUGGUCUCAUUCCAGCCUACAGAGGGGCCACUAAUUAUGUUUGCCAUAGGAUUCUACCCUCUUCCCAGACCUGAUCAAUGAAUAACUUCGGGUACUCAGUGUGGACUGAUUAUGAACUCACUUCGUGGCACAUCAUAAUCAUUGGUCUGUGUGAGGCCUUGCUUUCAUUCUUACACACUUUUUCUCCUUUACUUUCAUCCCAGUCGUGUUUCUCCCAUCCUUAAAUAUUUGAUUUACAAAACUGGUCCUGUGUUAAUAUGUCUCAUUUUAUGCCAUUCUGCUUUUUGAGGUUUAUUCAUGUCAAUAUAUGAAAGUCUAGUUCACCCCCUUAACUGCUGUGCAAUGCUUAGUCAUUGAUUCGUUCCUCUAAUGAAGGUUAUUUUAAACAACUCUUUAUAAUAAACAGUCUUGUUCUGAA